ACAGAGGCAUUUCUCGAUUUUUUGGGUAAACGGGAGAAGUAUGGAAGCUUCGACGUCAAUAAUACCGGUCAAGUCAGAAUCGCUGCUUGUUAAAAGUCGUGAAUUUGGGUCUAAUACAUCUUCGCAUGGAAUACCGCGAAUCGUAGGCGCUGCCUCGUGCUUCGGACGCCUAGUCUGGAGCUGUCUGUACUUCACUUGCCUUGCUGUGUGCCUAUGGCAAGCCUACCGACUUGUUCAAACUUAUUUGAACUUUGAAGUGACAAUAUUAUACAACGUUAAAAACGCUGAAGGUAGAGAAGUCGACUUCCCCGCGGUUACUUUCUGCAACACGAAUCCUGUGCGUCGGUCAAUGUUGGCGACGGUCCCAAAGUACAUGGUUUUGUCAACUAUUGAUAAUUACACGAAUGGUCUUCAGUACUAUGCUCCAUGCAAGAAGGGAGAUUUUAAUUGCACGAAUGGGAGGUGUGUCAAAAGCUUCAGAAAAUGCAAUGGUAUCAAUGAUUGUGGAGAUAAGUCGGACGAAUCCUCAUGUACACAUGCACCAUGUGGAUCCGGUUUUUUUACGUGUACGUCUGGGAGUGAUUCGGGUUAUUGUAUCCCUGAAAUCAAGAAGUGUAACAGGGAAAGGGACUGCUAUGAAGGAGAGGACGAAAAUAAAUGCAAAUCAACCGACAUCAAGUGCACUGAAGACGAGUUUAAAUGUAAGAAAGGCGUUAUGGAAGAGUAUACAUCAGAAUUUGAAAACAAGUACGGGACAAAGUUUUGCAUACCGGCCGAACACCAAUGCGAUGGUACCAAUCACUGCGAAGACCGGGCUGACGAACUUAACUGCCCGGAUUUAAAUUGUGAGGAAGGUCAGGAAGCCUGUAGGCCUACGAUCGAUAACAUGUGUAUUCAAAGUACUUGGUUUUGUGACGGGUAUUGCGACUGUCCCAAGAGCUGCUGGGACGAGUCUGACACUAAAUGCGUAUUCAACUGUAGCAAUGGUAAAACAAUACCAAAGAAACAGGUAUGCGACUACUACAAUCAAUGCGGCGAUAACAGCGAUGAGUCACAAAAGAAAUGUAAUGAUGUAUUCUAUGAUUGCGACCCGGUUGAAUUCAAAUGUGAUAAUAAGUUCUGCAUUGAUAAACGUCUACGUUGUAAUAAGGUUAACGAUUGUAAGGAUAAUAGUGAUGAGCAGAACUGCACCUGCACUGAUUUUCUCUGUGACAAUGGAGAAUGCACACAACAGUAUGCGCGAUGCAACGUUCUGGUAGAGUGCAGUGACAGUUCUGAUGAGAAAGGAUGUAACGAAACAGAAUACGUUUAUCCGGACCAUUCCCCUUUAAACUGGGAUAGUGAAUGGUAUGUCAAAUAUGCAGACGUUCUGCCUUUGAUUGGCAAUGCGACAGCGUUUGAGAGUGUUUACACGGAUUGGGGGUUUGAGAGAAUCAAGGGAGAGUCGCCACCAGAUUGGAUCCGAUUCUUAACUUACAGCAGUACUCCAGAUUUCAGCGACCUCCAAGAUAUUCUUAAACUUACAAAACAAGAAAUAUCAGACUUUGGACAUCAGGCUGAGCAAAUGAUCUUGCUGUGCACGUUUCAUGGACAAAAAUGCUCCGCUACAGAUGACUUCCACCAAUUCCAACAUGACAAAUAUGGAAACUGCUACACAUUCAAUGGCAACAAAGCCGAUAAAUCGUUUACUGCUAAAUCAUCACAACCUGGCGCUGAGUAUGGUUUAAAAUUAACGCUGUUCACUGAACAGCACGAAUACGUCAGCAUAUUUGGCCAGGAUAGUGGCAUUAAAGUAUCGAUUCAUAACCAGAACGAAACACCGUUUCCAGAAGAUAACGCAGUCACCGUUUCACCAGGAAGAUCAACCUCCAUAGGCAUCAAAAAGGAAGAACGGAUUCGAAAGAGCUCACCCUACGGCAACUGUUCAGAAGCAUCUGCAGAAACGGAUUUGAUUUACAAUUCAGAGAGUACGUCUACGAUCCUGUCUGCUUGUCUAAAGUCGUGUUAUCAGAUGAAGUUGGUUGAUGUAUGCAAAUGCUCGGACACCGUCGUUUUCAACGGCAGCAUAGAACCCUGUCAUAUAUUAGAUUUUGAGCAAGAACGUUGCCGACAGCUGGUUAAAUAUCUCCACUCGCAAAAGCGGAUAGAAUGUAACUGCCCUUUUCCUUGUAGUUUCUUUGUAAUUUUCAGUGAAAUUGUGUAUGAUAAAACGGUCUCUCAAUCUCUCUGGCCUUCUGACAACUACCUGAAAACUUUUCUUGAUAGCAUUUACGUCAUCAAUCCGAAAUUCAGAGAGUACGUCUACGAUCUCACCACGGCACAGCGAAAUCUUGUUCGAUUUGAGGUGUAUUUUGAGGACCUUUCUUACGUGUCCAUAUCCGAAAAUCCUGCUUACAGUUGGGAAGGUCUGUUUGGUGAUAUUGGAGGAACGCUUGGACUGUAUAUUGGUUUGUCGCUGCUCACGGUAGUCGAGUUUUUCGAGUUCUUCAUGGAUAUACUGCUGCUGGGGUUCAAGAAAGUGUUCAAGAGGAACAAGGUACUCAGUACAACGGAGAUUUGAAUGGAGAUUCCAAUAGAUUACCAAAAGCGCAACACCUCAACGCGAUUAUUGGAUUCCGUUACCGAUACGACGAAACUCGUUUAUUGAACAGUAUUUGCGUUUUCAAUUUCAAUCUAAAUAUUUUAGGCGUUGUAGACAAAAAAAUAAUUUUCAUUUUGCUAUUUAACUCAAAUUAUUCAUGCGAUUAUUAUGGAUUCAUGUAGGAUAUUGUUUUUAAAACUACAAUAUAGAUAACUUUUAUUAGGGUAUAACUAAAGUAUAAUAUAAAAAAAAAAAUUCAAACGAUUUUGAAACUUAAACUGGUCUUACUUUACAGUACUUUACAGGCUAUCGUAUCCCAUCUCAUCCGCGAUGCAUCGUCAGACCAACUGGUCUGGUGGUGAAGAACAAGUCCAGUUGUUUAGUUUCAAAAUCGUUCGUGUAUUUACUGCUACCUGCAGAUGACUGAUAUAUAAAACUGACUGAUGUUUAGUAUUUAUAUGCUAAUAUUUGUUUUUGAUUAUACCAUAAUGUCAUUUUGAAUAUAAUCAUCAUAAGUCUUAGGCUUACCUACACUUGCAUGCUAUAGCAAUGACUAUAACACUAAAAGACCCAGAAAAAAGACGCAGGUGUGUUGAAGGGUAGGCCUUAAAACUGAACUAGAAAGAUGAUACGUUUUUAGAGGAAUUUUUGAUAUGUCAUUAGCAAUAGAAUACACUUUUAAAAUGGUUUUCUCUUUGCCAAUUUUUUAUGUACGAUUUACCGCUUUAGUAGCGUGACGUCAGUGUAAGGUACCGUACUGUAACCAAAAAUCGCGGCGCUAUACGAUCCUUGGUUACAGACCCGUAUGGUUACAGGUUACAGUACCUUACACUGGCGUCACAUUGCUAAAGGGGCAAAAUCGUAAUAGCCUAUAACUUCAUAAAAAAAUGCCAUUAAACGAUUUUAAAGUUGAUUCUGUUACUAGUGACAUACAAAAAUUCUUUCUAUAAAAAACAAAUCUAGUUCCCUUUUAAUAGAUAUAAAUUAUAUAUAGGCCUAUUUGUGUGUAUGGUUUAUAGUAGGCCCAUAAUAUAGGCUUUAUAGUGAUGUCGGAUAAUUUCUAAUAAAUAAAAUAUAUCGUGCAACUUUUAAAACAAAUUCAAUGCUGCUUUUAAUACCGUAAAUGUUUUGUGCUUUUGCAUAUUCUUCAGGAUCACAGCAUCGUAAAAGCAUCUUGCGCUUCACAUCAUACUUGAUCGGUAUUUAAUAACUUAUAAAUAUGAUAUACUCUUAUU